AUGCCUAAAGAACAAACCAAACAACUGAAAAAUUCAGAUGAAGUAGAUGAUAAUGUAUUAAAAAAAUAUGAGAUAAUAAAAAAAAUAGGAAAAGGAGCAUAUGGAAUUGUAUUUAAAGCAAAAUGUAAAAAAAAUAACAAAAUAGUAGCAGUGAAAAAAAUAUUUGACGCAUUUCAAAAUUCAACAGAUGCUCAAAGAACUUUUAGAGAGAUUAUGUUUUUAUAUCAAUUAAAUGGUCAUGAUAAUAUAAUAAGGCUAAUGGAUGUUUUGAAGGCAAAAAAUGAUAAUGAUAUAUAUUUAGUGUUUGAUUACAUGGAAACAGACUUACAUGAAGUAAUUAAAGCAGAUUUAUUAGAAGAAAUACAUAAAAAAUAUAUAAUAUAUCAAUUAUUAAGAGCAUUAAAAUAUAUACAUUCUGGUUUAUUAUUACAUCGUGAUAUCAAGCCUUCAAACAUACUUUUAAAUUCAGAAUGCCAUAUAAAAGUAGCUGAUUUUGGUUUAGCUAGAAGUAUAUCAACAGAAGUCAAUGAAAAUAAAAUACCAGUUUUAACUGAUUAUGUUGCAACAAGAUGGUAUAGGGCCCCCGAAAUUUUAUUAGGUAGUACUAAUUAUACAGAGGGAGUAGACAUGUGGUCACUUGGUUGUAUUAUGGGGGAAUUGUUAAGUGGAAAACCUUUAUUUAGAGGAAAUUCUACUAUGAAUCAACUAGAAAAAAUUAUUGAAAUUAUUGGAAAACCCAAUAGAAGAGAUAUUGAAGAUAUAAAAUCCCCCUUUGCUGAAACUAUUAUUUCAUCUUUUGUUGACAAUAAAAAAAAAAGUUUAUCUGAUGUUUUUCAUAAAGCAUCAAAAGAAUCUCUAGAUUUACUUCAAAAAUUGUUACAAUUUAAUCCAUCAAAAAGAAUAAGCGCAGAAAAUGCUCUCAAACAUAAAUAUGUUGAACAAUUUCAUUCUAUUAUUGAUGAACCUAUUUGUAAAAAAGUCAUCACUAUUCCUAUUAACGAUAGUACAAAAUAUAAAGUGAAUUUUUAUAGAAAUAUUGUCUAUUUUGAUAUUAUGCGUAGAAAAAAGUAUUACUCAAAAGAUAUAAAAAAAAACAAUCAAAAAAAAAUAGAAGAAAAUUUAAUUAAAGCAAAUUGUUCAGCAGAAAACAAAAAAGACACCAAAGAAAAAGAGAAAAAUAAAAAAAAAAAUAAAAAAACUAUUAGCAUUACUAGUAAUAAUAAUAAUAUUAUUUAUAAUAAAUUGAAUAACAAUAAUAAAUCUGUUAUUUCUCCUCAAAUGGAUUAUUCAAAAAAUAAUGAAAUCUCCCAUUUAAAAGGCAAAAAAUAUAUUCUUGAAAAAACUUAUGAUGAUAAUAAAACUUUCAAAUAUAAACAUGCUAAAAAUUUAAAAAAAAAUUACGAAAAGGAUAGAGGAAUAAAUAGUUAUAUGCUAAAUCAACAUAAUAAAAAUGUUAUUAGUAAUAGUAAUGAAAAACAUUAUUAUGAACAUACUGAUGAUAAAAAAAUUAAUAACGGAAUUGAUAUUUAUUAUUAUUAA